AUUAAAUGACACAACAGAAGGCCUAAGCCGAGUUCGGACAAUGCCUAGAGACACGACGAUCCUUUGUUGAAGUUUUUCUUGGGUUCCAAGAUGUCUGAGACAACGCAACCAGUUUAUGAUGAUGCCGACAUGAUUGUGGAAAUUCCUCUUACUCCCGGUGGUUUGGGGGACAUAAGGAAGAACUUGGCAUUGGACUUCACACAUCAACCCGCUGUCAACAUGGUAAAGGAGACAAAGCCAGACCUGCCCGGACAUGAGCAUAUGAAAGUUUAUCUCCGUGUUCGCCCUUUCAUGGAACACGAGUUAGAAAACAAUGAAAAUCAGAACACCAUCCACCAAGACACAGAGCAUACUCUGACUGUACAUGCACCGAAGGACUCUGUCACUUUCAAGAACACGGCUCAUGGUUGCGCCAAGCAGACAAAUAACUUCACCUUUUCAAAGAUCUUCAAUGACACUGUGCAGCAGAAGGGUUUCUUUGAAGAGACGAUGCUCGGCACCGUUAAGGAUUUUGUCGAUGGACAGAACUGUCUCAUGUUUACAUAUGGUGUCACUGGGUCUGGAAAGACUUAUACUAUUUUGGGCAAACCAAAUGAUAGCGGUAUCUUACCGCGAAGCCUGGAUGUCGUCUUCAACAGCAUCGAGGGCAAACAAUGGGGGUCCAUGUCUCUCAAGCCGCACAUGUUCUGUGAUGUGAUCACCUUGAGUGAGACCCAGCAGGAAAUCGAACAGAAAGUGAAAGAUAAAGUGUUUAGGCUAUCGAUUGAGGAGGAUGUAGAUAUGUCGACGAUGAUGGGUGAGGAGAUGUCAGAAGUUUCCCGCUCAACAGUCAACAUGACGACAGGCUCCCUACCUUCACUCACCGGGGAGUCGACUGCUAAAUCGCUCAACGCAUCAGAUGACAACACACAGGUGCAGCUUGAGCAGUUAUUUGAAGAUGCAAAACAUCGUGACCGUGAACAAGCGGCCAUUGAUGUGGAGGCGCAGGGUCAGAUCCGCUUUUCCAUCUGGGUGUCAUUUGCCGAGAUCUACAACGAAUACAUCUAUGACCUCCUCGAUCCAAUCCCCAAGAAGAAGACAUCGAGGAGAGCCGUCCUGAAACUUGCCUCAGAUAAGACAGGUGCUCCGUAUAUAAAAGGCCUGAAGUGGAUCCAUGUGACCACUGCUGAUGAAGCUUAUAAACUUCUAACUAUUGGUCAGAGGAAUCUCCAAACAGCCUGCACCAAACUCAAUCAGAACUCUUCACGAUCUCACUGUAUCUUCACCAUGAAGUUGUUACGUGUUGUUGACAAGGAGAAUCCCUAUGUUGCUCGCGUCAGCAUGUUAUCGUUCUGUGAUCUCGCUGGCUCCGAGAGAUAUAGCAAGACUCGAAGCAGCGGUGAACGUUUACGAGAAGCAGGCUCAAUCAAUCGAUCUCUGUUGACGCUUGGUCAAUGCAUCGACAUCCUGCGCCACAAUCAGACUCACAAAACGAGCCAGAGGAUUGUGCCAUUCCGUGAAAGCAAGCUCACCCGCCUCUUCCAGAACUUCUUCUCGGGUAAAGGUCGUGCCUCGAUGGUGGUUAAUAUCAACCAGAAUGCAAGCAUGUUUGACGAAACCCUUCAUGUGCUCAAGUUCUCGGCGAUCGCCAAACAGGUGACCAGUGUUCAGAAGGAAGAGAAGAAACCCAAGAAGUUGAUGUCUCUGUCCAUGGGUCCUGAUGGUCGUGCAUCUGUCGCAUGGGCAACUCCAGGUUCGAUGCAGCGUUGGAUCGAGGAGGAGGAUGAGGAGAAGCUGCAGACAGUGGAUGAAGAGGAGGAGAGUCAGUUUGAAGAGGUUGCUGAGGAGAACAAUCAGGUGAAUCAGAAACUCAUGGAUAUCAUUGAGAAGCUGCGAGACCAACUGAAGCAGGAUCGGAUGAAGAUGGCUAUGAUGGAGUUGGAAAUCCGUGAGGAAGUCUGCAAUGAGAUGGCAUCGCAACUCGUGAAGAUUGAACAGGAUUACAGUGAUCGCAUGGAGGAGCAGCGAUACCAAGCAGAGGAACGCGCUGAUCAGAAGCUCACGCUCUACAUGGCCUCCAUCAAGAAGACACGCAAACGAGCCAGACUCGACCGCUUCCAGGACGAUGACGAUGAAUAUGUCUCCACUGUCAUACUCCAUCAAGAAAAGGUCAAAGUUCAGGAUCUUGAAAACGAAAAGAAGUCUCUCCAGGAGCAGUUGACGAAGACACGCUUUGAACUUUCAGCGGUCAAGCAACAGUUAGAGAAAGGGGUCACGUUUGAGAAGUCUGUCUUGCUCAACGACAGUUCCGACAUCACCAACAAUGAACUCAUGGAAAACAUGGCUCAACAAUUGGAAGACAGCAAGUCGAAACUAUCUCAGCAGGAGGAGCAGAUGAUGCAGCUCAAUGACAUGCUAACAGAGGCUGGAGACAUGUUUGAGAUGAAGGAGAUCGAGAUCGAGAAACUCAAGACAGUCAUCCAUGAUAAUGAGAGAAGGAUAGAGUCUCUGAAUGAGACGAUGGAAGACCUGAGGCAAGUGGCUGUUGACAGCAAACAGGCCAUUGAGGAAGCUGAGGUGAAGAUGAAGGCUCAAGACGAUACGAUCAGAAGACUCCAAGCUGAGCUGACGGAGCGGGACAAUCAAGUGUCAAAACUUCAGAAAGCAUCCUCAGCUAACGAAACACAAAUAAGCGACCUCCAAUGUACGAUAGAUGCCUUGGCAGUCAAUUGUGAAGACCUCCGAUCACAAAUAGAAAUAGAAAAAUGUGACUAUGAGUAUGCCAAAGCCAAGUCGUCAGAUUCUGAUGCACAAGUGUCGGAAACGUUGAGGAAACACGAAGCUGAGAAGCUGCAGCACUCUGAGGCGACUAGGAGGAUCAAGGAGUUAGAGGCCAGGCUUGAGAAACCUGAGGGCGUGCUGUCGAUUACUUUCAUGGAGGUAAAGCGAGAAGAUCUAGAGAACGAGUUGUUCCAGGAACGUGAGGAGCGCAGCCACGCAGAGGAGAAGAUGGGACAGUUGGAGCAAAAGAUUGCUGAGUUAGAGGCUGUGACACGAGCUCCUGUAGGAACUGGAGCGGAAGUGGAUGCGAUGAUUGAGAAACUUCGACAGGAGUUAAGUGGUGAGGUGAGGCAGGCAAAUAUCGAAAAGGCUAAUAUGCUCACUAAGUUGGAAAUGUUUGAGGAAGAUUUUGAGAAAUGUGAUGAAAGAUUGACGAUAGAGAUGAAGCAGAACACAGAGUUGCAGACGUCAUUGGAAGGAUUGAAAGCAGAACUAAAUGCGGUGAAUGAGAAGUUUGCGAGGGAGGUGAACUUGAAGGAACAAGUGGAGCGUGGGUUUGAGAAGUUGAAAGAGUGUCAGGAGCAGACGGAGAAUAAACUCUUGUCGAUGGAAGAUCUUCUUGCUGAUGAUAGGAAACAUGAUGAACAGGCGAGAAGUGAACUUGAAGCAGCUAAUAAUAGGAAUGCACGGUUAGAACAGGAGGCACAUGAUCGGGGCAUUCAGAGCUUGCAACAUGAAGAGGAGGCUGCUGUUAAGAUUUCUAUCCUCCAGGCUGAACUAGAGAAAGCUGGGACUGAGAUGGAAAAACUGGUGGGAAAGGAGGCCGAAAGGGUCAAAGGAUUGAAGAAAAAUAUCAAAAAGCUGAAAGCAGAGUCGGAAUGCAUUCCAGUGCUGGAGAAGGAGCUUGAAGAUGCUCGUGUGCAGCUUGCAGUGUUGCAGGGACAAAUUGAUGAUGCAAAGACAGAGAAUGCAACAAUGCGAUUGGCAACAAUGCAGCAGGUGAGAUUGGAGUCUGACAAGGCUGCUGGGCUACAGAGUGAGGUCGAGGAGAUACGGAUGCGAACUGGAAGGCUGGCAGACUUGGAGAAGGAACUGGAAGACUCGUCAGGCAAAGUUGUUGAACUCGAGGAAGAAUUGAAGAUUGAGCUUGGUAAUGCGAGUCGACUUGAGCAGGAGUUGAAAGCCUUGCAAGUGGAAGUGGAGAGAUUGAGAAAUGUAAACGAGGAUCUUGAAGGGGCGAAUAAAACGAUCCAAGGGCUGAAGAAAGAUUUGAAUGAUGCUAAUCAGAAAGUGAAGGUAAUCGAGCAAGAGUUAGAGACGGCAUCGUCGCAGAGCUGCAAGGUGAUGGAGUUGGAGAGUGAGUUGGAGGGCCUCAGGACUGAUACUCGUAAAGUGGAGCGCAUGGAGGUGCAGUUGGGUGAGAUACGGGUCCAGGCAGAGCGGUCAGAACAUUUGGAAGAGGAGCUCCGAUUGGUGAAGGAACAAAAUGAAAAGUUCAAAAACUUGGAAGGUGAAUUAGAUACAGUGAGAACACAGUUGCAAACAUUUGAAAAAACGAAAGGGGAAUUGCGGUUUGCAUUGAGUGAGUUGAUGAGUCUGGAGGAUGAGUUGAAGAGCAUGCAGGCAGAGUUGAAAGAUGUUAAACAGGAGUUGAAGUUGAGUGUAGAGUCUGCUGGUAACCUGGAGCAGACGCUAACCGAUGUGAGAAAGGAGAAGGAAGCCAUGUUGGCAGACGCACAGAAGAAUUCCCAAAUACAGGAGGAGUUAUUGGUGACGCAGGUUGGAGACUUGAAGAGCACUAAUGCGGCCUUGGAAAGAGAGAAGGAGGACUUGUUGGUGAAAGUAAGGGAAUCAAAGAGGAGGAUUGAUGACUUACAAACUGAUAUGGACUCUGAUGCUAAACAACACUUGGAAAGUACGGAAGUGAUACGGAGGGAGAAUGAGUUGUUGCUGAAUUCCAUUGAGAGUCUCAAGAAAGAAUUUGAAGGUACUCAUGCGGGGCUCAUGACAAGAAUUGCAGAGUUAGAGUCAUCGCUGGAAGAAACCUACGAGGAAUUGUCAUUGCAGUCGAUGAGUAAAGAACGUGCGGAGGAACAGCGUGCUCAGAUGGAGGCUCGUUUGAAGAAGUCACAGUCACGACUUGAGAAGGCCGAGAUGACCGUAGUUGACGUCAUCAAACAUCGUGAAAAAGCCGAGGAGAAUGUUGAAAAGUUACAAAAAAAAGUCAGCGGGUUAACUGAAGAAUGCAAUGAGUUGAAAGGUCAGAUUUCUGAGGCAGAGGUGCUUGAACAAAAGGUGCAAGAUUUAGAGGCAGAGGUGGAAAAACAGAUAGCGCAGUUGGGAGCGGAGAUCGGUGACAAGUCGUCAGAGGUGGAGUGUCUUCAAGAAAAGGUCAAGGAAUUAGAGGCCGCUGCAAAUAAGCACACAAUGCUAAGAGAGGAAUUAGAGGCCAAUGUGGAGGAGCAAAGAGCAAUGAAGUCAGAGGGUGUGCUGGCAAUUGCUAACCUGAGACAGACCCUAGAGGAACAGAUAUCACUGCAGUCAGAACUUAAACAGAAUCUGGCAGAAAAGGUUGGAGAAGUUGAGGGUUAUCGGGUGCGGAUUGGUGAUGUAGAAGCAAGUUUGGCGAAAGAGAAAUCGCAGAUCCAGGAUUUGGAGUCGAAAGUGGCAGAGGAAGAAUCACAGAAGAAGAUGUCAACUGAGGAGUUAGAAAAUGUACGUAGAGAAGUUUCAGUCCUGAAAGAAACAAUAACAGAUCUGGAGACAAAAUUAGACGGUCAGAAGAUUGAUAAAGCUAAUGAAGAGGAUGGCAAUAGGGCUCUCGAGACCAUCGCCGCCUUGAAGCAGGAUCUGCAAGAGGCCAACUCGUAUAUCACAGAACAGAACAGUCGCCUCGACUCUCUCGAGGUCAAGUUCAACUCGCGAGAAAACAAGAAGGAUGCUAGUCUCCAGGAGAUGCGUGAGAAACUCAAGUGCGAAACAGUCUCGAUGCAAAGUCAAAGUGGAGGCAUUGAGAACAUUGACCCUGCAGCAUCAGGCAUUGACCUCUCAAUCCUCAACAUUCCAAUGGAGAGUUUCAGCGGUCAGGUGAAUAUACCAUCACCAUCUCCCGAGCCGGUGAAGCGCAAGGCACGCGGCAGGCCCAAGAAGAAGCGGAUUAAUGAGAGUGAGUGCAAACCAGUCUCGAUGCAAAGUCGAAGUGGAGGCAUUGAGAACAUUGACCCUGCAGCGUCAGGCAUUGACCUCUCAAUCCUCAACAUUCCAAUGGAGAGUUUCAGCGGUCAGGUGAAUAUACCAUCACCAUCUCCUGAGCCGGUGAAGCGCAAGGCAUGCCGCAGGCCCAAGAAGAAGCGGAGUAAUGAGAGUGAGUGCAAACCAGUCUCGAUGCAAAGUCAAAGUGGAGGCAUUGAAAACAUUGACCCUGCAGCGUCAGGCAUUGACUUCUCUAUCCUCAACAUUCCAAUGGAGAGUUUCAGCGGUCAGGUGAAUAUACCAUCACCAUCUCCCGAGCCGGUGAAGCGCAAGGCACGCGGCAGGCCCAAGAAGAAGCGGAGUAAUGAGAGUGAGUGCAAACCAGUCUCGAUGCAAAGUCAAAGUGGAGGCAUUGAGAACAUUGACCCUGCAGCAUCAGGCAUUGACCUCUCAAUCCUCAACAUUCCAAUGGAGAGUUUCAGCGGUCAGGUGAAUAUACCGUCACCAUCUCCCGGGCCGGUGAAGCGCAAGGCACGCGGCAGGCCCAAGAAGAAGCGGAGUAAUGAGAGUGAGCAGGGGGAGGAGGAACCAACUAAAACAACAGCCAUACGGAGAACACUCCGCACGAUUACCACACCGCGCCAUUAGUCGUUGGAUGAGUCUCGGUCAAUGCAACUCAAGAUAUUGAUAUCUUUCAAGGAGGUUUUUGUUCACAUUACAACAUGACAUUGGGUCUAGGACAUGUUCCGUGACAUUGGGUUUAGGACAUGUUCCGUGACAUUGGGUUUAGGACAUGUUCCGUGACAUUGGGUUUAGGACAUGUUCCGUGACAUUGGGUCUAGGACAUGUUCCGUGACAUUGGGUUUAGGACAUGUUCCGUGACAUUGGGUCUAGGUCAUGUUCCGUGACAUUGGGUCUAGGACAUGUUCAGUGACAUUGGGUCUAGGACAUGUUCCGUGACAUUGGGUCUAGGACAUGUUCAGUGACAUUGGGUCUAAGACAUGUUCUGUGACAUUGGGUCUAGGUCAUGUUCCGUGACAUUGGGUCAAAGACAUGUUCAGUGACAUUGGGUCUAGGAUAUGUUCCGUGACAUUGGGUCUAGGUCAUGUUCCGUGACAUUGGGUCUAGGACAUGUUCAGUGACAUUGGGUCUAGGACAUGUUCCGUGACAUUGGGUCUAAGACAUGUUCUGUGACAUUGGGUCUAGGACAUGUUCCAUGACAUUUAGGACAUGUUCCGUGACAUUGGGUCUAGGUCAUGUUCCGUGACAUUGGGUCUAGGACAUGUUCAGUGACAUUGGGUCUAGGUCAUGUUCCGUGACAUUGGGUCUAGGUCAUGUUCCGUGACAUUGGGUCUAGGACAUGUUCAGUGACAUUGGGUCUAGGACAUGUUCCAUGACAUUAGGUCUAAGACAUGUUCAGUGACAUUGGGCCUAGGACAUGUUCCGUGAUAUUCGGUCUAGGACAUGUUCCGUGACAUUGGGUCUAGGACAUGUUCCAUGACAUUAGGUCUAAGACAUGUUCUGUGACAUUGGGAUGCAUUGCAUUGUACCUCAGACUGCAUUUAACUGAAAGUCUUCGAGGAAGCUUUUAAACUAUUGGUUUGUUUUAUCGAGCCCGUUUUCAUUUCAAACUCUGUUAAUGUAAAUAUUUCAUCUCUGUGCGAGACUGCAUUUUAACUGUAAAUCUUGUAUAGAACUUUGUAGAUGUAAUCAUGUAUGUUAGGGAGCGUCCAUUAAGUACGUACGCACGAAAAUGCCAAUUUUGAGACCCCCCUCCCCCUGUAUGCACCUUGUACGCAUUGCCUCAUACCCCCCCUCCCCCCUGUACGAGCGUACGCCUAUAGAACCUUGAAUUCCCUAGCAGACGAACAGACAUAGUACCUGAUUUUGCUACAUUGUGGCGCCACAAUCGGAUUCGCGGCGUAUUGGCAAGUCAACUGUGCAAUUUUUCUCCGACAGCGACAAGCAUUACUGGGAAAUUAAACGGCGCUGGAAAUUGCUAAACAUUGUAGUCGGGUAACAUCCGAACCCAGAAGCGUAUGAGUUCACACAUCUUGUGAAGAACAAGUAUGAUUAUCCAAAUAAGAAUAAGAAAGAGGAGAAAAUUAUUAUGAUAAUAUUUAUUUUUUAUUUGUUCAAAAAAUGGUUCUUGGCCUGCGUACGUACGCAAGACCAUUAACCCCCCCUCCCCCCUGUACGCAUUGUGUACGGAUUUCAUAGACCCCCUCCCCCCUCAGUGCGUACGUACUUAAUGGAUGCUCCCUUAUAAUGAAUGAUUGCUUGAGCUCGCAUGCCUAGUUGUAACUAAUUGCCAAAUCUACUCGAACCUUUCAAACAUGCUAACCUUCAGCUAGAUACAGAUUUCUUGUUAGUGUUUGAAAGGGCGGGCCUAUCAAUUACAUAUUUGGGACACACCCUGCUAAACCUCCAGAAAACACUUCAGGGGGCCAGAAAUUUAUUUUUUUGGGGGGGGGUAUUUUUGACUCUCAUAACAUUGAACGGUGUAUACUUUCUGUUAUUGAGAGGCCUGAAGGGUUCAAUGAGAGCUGUCCAGUUCCUUUGUGUGAAAUUGAGUAAACUAGCCUCUGGCAUUUUGUAAAUCAUGUGGUGUAUUGUGUCAUCUUUGCAUGACGUCACCAGCAUAUUGUCCUUCGCUACUUGUCGUGUUUUAUUCAUCUCGUCAUGAUGCUAAUCACCUCAGCUAAAAUAGCCCUUACUUGGAGGAAUCACGCUAUACAGCCUGGGUACAAUAGACUAUUGGGUGGUGAAGAUAUGCAUUCAAAUUCUGUAUUGAGGCGGUGCACUCAUUAACGGUUUAUGAGGGGUUGUUUGACAAAAGGUGGAAUAUGUUGAAUGAUUGUAUGCUGCAUGCUGCAUGCCUUUUGCUUACCAAGUUUUCAUUGUGUUUUGCAGUAACUGUGACAUUGGUGGGGGAGGAGGAUAAGGCUGUAUGAUGGGUGUACUGUGGGCCAUUCACAAGUAGGCGUUGUCAAUAAGUUGUCCAGGCAGAUCAUUUGGAUAUAUAAUGCCUUGUUAUUAUUGUUUCCGUGGAUACAUUAUUCCAAGCGCUGUCAUAGCUUUGAUGCAUUCUGUAGUGUGUUUGGUUCACAACAAGAGCCAAUCUCUUUGAAGACAACGAGUUUGAAAAGUGUAAAUAGAAUUUGAAACUAGUCGCUUCUUUGCCAACUGUCCAUCACUGUGUUCAGAUGAAUCAUGUUUUGUGCAAUGAUUAGAUUUUACUACAAUAAUGAGUCACAUCAA